CGAAACAAAUACAAGAAGAAAAAACUUGAGAAGUCAUUAGCAAAAGUAGGAGAAAAUGCAAAAGAGGCAAAUAUUGGUGGUAGUUGUAGUGUUAGCCGGAGUAAGCUUGGUAGUUUCAGACGAGGAUGUGAAACCCUUGGAUUUCUACAAAUACAGUCUGCAAUGGCCACCAUCUGCUUGCACGCUGCCUCCUCCGGGAAAGAAGUGUGAAGUGAGACACGAAGCGAGGUUUACCAUCCAUGGUUAUUGGCCACAAUAUAAUAAGGAUACACCGGUGCCUCCGUACUGUGAUGAUCUUAGAUGCACCAACACCAAACCUACUUCAGCAAAUGAUGUUGUGGGAAUAUUGGAGAAGAGCCCAUUGAAAAAAGACUUAAUGAAGGAUUGGCCAAAUCUUUAUGCAAGGCAAAGAAGAAAAGAAGAGGAUAAUUUGGAAUUCUGGAAAUACGAAUGGAGAAAACAUGGAAUGUGUUCGGAUGACGCCAACAAGCCUUCUGAGUAUUUCAGGAAUUCCUUAACUCUCCUACCAAAUUUCAAGAAUCUAAAACAAGAUUUGGGAUUUAAACCUCGUAGCAAAGUGGGCGACAUUCUGAAAAAUCUGCGGGACAAAAACUAUAAAGUGCCUCAAAUUGUAUGUAACAGUAAUAGUCAGCUGCUGGAGAUUCGUUUCUGUUACAGAAACAUAGCUAUUGACUGCCCCAAUUGGGUGGGGAGUAAAACUUGCAAUAAAGAAACUGCCGACAUCUUUUUACCUGGUGGUGCUGGAGGGACGGAUGAUGUGAAAGCUCAAUUGAAUAUCGAAUUAUAAUUUUGUUAUAAUUUGUGUGGAGAUUCAUGUCUCCCUUUAUUUGAAUGACAUGUAAUAUAUAUAUAAAUAAAAUAAUGGAUCUGUUCAUGUUGCA